AUGGCGUCCGUGGCUUUGCCGUCCCCACGGCUAGGCCCGGCGCAGGCCUGGCGCUACGAGCCGCUGGCGGUGGGCGAAGCGCCUGCGAGGACUGAGCCCAGGGCGCGGCAGCCGGACCAGUCAGAGCAGGCACAGAAGAUCUACCAUGUGGUGGAGAGAGAGUUGGCAAGGCUGCGGCGGGAGCAGGAGGACACGGCGCAGCAGACGGAGGCGGAGCUUCGGCUUCGGCAUUCUGCGCUGCAGAGCGCGCAGCGGCGCCUCACUGCGGCUGAGAGCUUGGAGGAGGCCGAAGCCAAGGCGCGCGAGGCGGCCGAGGAGGCCAAGGAGUCUGCGGAGGCCUCGCUGGGCCGUUUGGGCAUUGAGCUGGUGCGCCUGCAGUCCCGUGAGGCGCUGCUGCUGGAGGAAUGCGCAAGCCGCAGAGGAGCGGAGGAGACACGAGCGAAGCAGACCCAGGACCUCCGCGCCCUGCGCCAGUCCGCCAGCAGCGAGCGCCAGCGCCGGGAGGAGCUCGAGGCCUCUUCCCGCGAGCAGAUGGAGGCAAUGAGGAAGGAGCUCGCCCGCAGCCGCUCGGAGCUGGAGGAGUUGCGGCCCGAGUGCACCCAGGAGAAGUGGCGCAAGCAGAGGGCCAUCGAGCGGGAGAACCGACAGCUCAGGGAGCGGCUGCUGGCCCUGCAAGAUGCCGAGGGCGACUUGCGACGUCUCCGCGUGGAGCUGCGGGAUGCCUCACAGAAGGGCGAGGAGGAGAAGGAGGUGGCUGCGCGGGUCCAGCGCGAGCAGCGGCAGGGGAGGCUCUCGCAGGCAGAGGCGCUCAAGACCUUGAGGCAGCAGCUUGCCUCUGAGCAGGGCGAGCUGAAGGAGCACGGCCCUCAGCCGAAGCUUGCGCCUAGGCUUUUGACCUGUCUCAGGCUGCGGCAGCAGCUGAUGAGCUGCGAGGCGCACGCCCUGCGGCUCUCCGAAGGUGGGGGCCUUGGGCACGGAGUGGACAUGGCCUAG